GGGACAGUUUCAAAACGCUAUACAUAGUUAUUAUGUAAUGACAUUUUCUUUCUAAUGACAUAUGUAAUUUAACAGUUUCAUGGAUCGUAUGUAACGUUAGCUAACUGGUUAGCCUUUCAGUGAGGCUGCAUUGGCUAGGGUAACGUUAGUGAGCAAAAUGAAACUAAACUGUAUUGUAAGUGACCGUCUGCUAAUUAUAGGAUGUAUCUUAGUUGACAUUUUUUAGUUUACAUCGUCCUUAAUUCUCUACUAGAAAACAUAAAAUGUCUGUAAUCAAAUCUGUAUGAAUCACUCAGAUAGGCAGAUAAAAGCGUGCUAGCAGAUAACGGGUUGAUUGAAAACACGAAGAAAAUCAGUCAGGAACGUCAGUAAUCGGCCACAACGGCUGUCAUGAAAUAAUAAAUCCCAGUUCAGGCACUUGGGGUGAAAUGUUCAAUCUGAUGGCGAACUGCUGCAACUGGUUGAAACGAUGGAGAGAACCUGCAAGGAAGGUGACAUUAGUAAUGGUUGGACUGGACAAUGCUGGAAAAACAGCAACUGUCAGAGGAAUCCAGGGAGAAAGUCCUUUAGAUGUAGCACCUACAGUGGGCUUCUCAAAGGUGGACCUGAAGCAGGGGAAGUUUGAGGUCACAAUCUUCGACCUGGGUGGCGGGAAGCGCAUCCGCAGCAUUUGGAAAAACUACUACUCUGACUCUUACGGAGUGGUGUUUGUUGUGGACUCCAGUGAUGUUCAAAGGAUCCAGGAGACCAGAGACACAAUGGCUGAGGUUCUCCGGCACCCCCGUAUUGCAGGCAAACCUGUAUUAGUACUGGCUAAUAAACAGGACCGAGAUGGGGCAUUGGCUGAAGCAGAUAUCAUUGAGACCCUGUCAUUGGAGAAGCUUGUCAACGAGAAUAAAUGCCUCUGUCAGAUUGAACCCUGUUCUGCAGUGCUAGGUUAUGGUAAGAAGGUUGACAAAUCCAUCAAGAAUGGACUUAACUGGCUCCUGAAUAACAUUGCCAAGGACUACGAGGCAAUUUCAGAGCGUGUGCAAAGAGAUACAGCUGAGCAGAAGGCUCAAGAAGAACAAGACAAGAAGGAAAGAGCUGAGAGAGUCCGGCGGAUCAGAGAGGAGAGAGACCGACAGGAGCGAGAAGAAGCAGAGCGAGAAGGCAGGACAUUGAAAGAGGAAGAUCUAGAUGAUGUCGACAUGCCCAACCCUUUCCAGCCAAUAAACAAUGUUGGUAAUGAGAAUGAAGACGGACUAAACAAAGAGAAAGAGAUGCAAAGACAGAGAGAAAAUGGCCAGCAGGGCAGUGUGCAAGAACAGACAGUCCUUCAAGAUGAGGAGGAAGAGGAGGAGGAUGAAGAGAACGAGAGACAGACCCCGGAGAGCACAGAAUUAGGAGCAGUGGACCAGAAUAAAAAGAAAACUAGGAAAUUACGAUUAAAACGUAAGCACAGAGUCGACCCUCUCAGAGUGGAAGAAGCAGCACCCAAAAGCCCAACCCCUCCUCCCUUACCAGUUGGAUGGGCUACUCCUAAAGCUUCUAGGCUACCCAAACUUGAGCCUCUUGGAGAUACAAGACAUUCUGAUUUCUAUGGCAAACCUCUCCCACCUGUAUCAAUUAGGCAGAGGCCGAACAGCGAUACUCAUGAUGUAAUUUCCUAACACUACCUCUGCUUCCCCCAUGACUGGUUUACAAUUCUCAAGGGUCCCAACCAAUCAAAGUAUUGUUUUGUUCUUAUCUUCAAGCACGGGCAGUGUAGCAAACUACGCAGACGCAAUUGCCCAGAAGCGAGGAACUGAUACCCAAUCGACAGACCCAGACGGAUCACAUGACCUCGAGCACCUAUUGACUGGUGGUCAGCAGAAGCUGUGUUUAAAUGAGAUGGGGGACAUGGACAUUUAUGUUCAGAUAAUGUGCAACAUUUUGAUUUCUUUGGAUCCGUUUGUCUUGUUUUAUCAAAAUACUUAAAAUCAGUAUUAACAGACAUAUGAAACUCAAUUGAGACUUCUUUGUCAAAAAUAUAUCGCAGACCUAUUUUUUAAGAGAAUUGAAAUGUAUGUAAAUACAUAAGUUUUAAUUUAUGUACUUGAAAUUGUACAAACAUGUUUUUAUGGUCCACAUGCAUAUCUUAAACUCUUAUAUAAUGUGCAGUUGAUUGUGACACAGUUUGCCUUUUAAAUAUCAGAUGGUCUUUUUUUCCAGCAGCAUUUAUAGGUUUAUACACUACGCUGUCUUAAUUUUGAGAACGACAUUCAUACUCUCAAAUAGCACCAGCAACAGAUAGGCUACAGAGAUCGUGAGAAAGUGAACUUUUGAAUGUGAUGGAAAAUGUUUUUGCAAGCCCAUUAUUGAGUUUGAAACGGCAUUGUAUUCUGGUACACUUUGCUUUAUCAGGGAGGAAAACGUUUGCCAUCUGAAAGAUGAUGAGUGGGUAAUUUCAUGAUUUGCUGUAAAUGUAACAAUACUCAACAUCCAAUAUAAAUACAUAUUUUAAUAUAUGAUGUCAUGUAUUGUAAACGCUGCUUUCAUAUUUAUUUGAUGCUAUUGCCAUUUUUAUAUUUCACAUUGUUUGAUGUUUUGUAUUUUACCACACACACUAAUAUUUAGCUGAUGCAAAGUUCUGUGCAUCAUCCAGUUUGCUCUGCUUUCGGUACCUGCGCCUUUUGUACCCAGUUAACACAAUAUGAAAGUCAAAUAA